UGGGAGGGGUUUCUGUAUAUAACCCUUCUCUGCUGCUUUGCACACUGACUGCUCCUCUGUCUACCUCAGUCCUCAGACCAAACCACAAACCUCUCACGAUGGCUCAACAACCAAUCAGCCUCCCUGCCAAGCUCAUCAAUGGUGGAGUUGCUGGACUGGUGGGUGUUACCUGUGUUUUCCCCAUAGAUCUUGCCAAGACAAGACUCCAGAACCAAAGAGGAAGCCAACGGGUCUACAAAAACAUGAUGGACUGUCUGAUAAAGACUGUUCGGUCUGAGGGAUACUUUGGAAUGUACAGAGGUGCAGCAGUCAACCUGACACUGGUGACUCCUGAAAAGGCCAUUAAACUGGCCGCCAAUGAUUUCUUCCGCCAGCGACUCAGUAGGGGAGAACUCAAGCUGAGCGUGUUUCAGGAAAUGCUGGCUGGCUGCGGGGCAGGGAUGUGUCAGGUUAUUGUAACAACCCCCAUGGAAAUGCUCAAGAUCCAGCUUCAGGAUGCAGGACGACUUGUGGCUCAGCAGAGGAAGUUACCCAUGCUCCACACUGUGAAACUUGGAACGGCCAGUCCAGUCCUGAAUUGCUCCUACAGUGUGGGUCCUGUGGCUUCAACCAGGAGAGUGUCGGCCAUUCAAAUUACCCAGGAACUGCUUCGCACAAAGGGCAUCCAGGGACUUUACAAAGGACUAGGUGCAACCCUCAUGAGGGAUAUCCCCUUCUCUGUGAUAUACUUUCCACUGUUUGCCCACAUCAACCAGCUGGGCAAGACAUCUGAGGGUGACGAUGUGCCUUUUUACUGGUCUUUUAUUUCGGGCUGUGUGGCUGGAUGUACAGCGGCUGUGGCAGUCAGUCCUUGUGAUGUGGUGAAAACCCGGCUGCAGUCACUCAAUAAAAGUGCCAAUGAAGACACCUACAAUGGCGUGUUAGACUGCAUCAGAAAGAUAAUGCGUAAAGAAGGGCCAACUGCUUUUCUGAAGGGUGCCGGCUGCAGGGCGCUAGUCAUCGCUCCACUCUUCGGAAUUGCUCAAGUGGUUUACUUCAUCGGUGUUGGAGAGUUCCUCUUAGGACAAACCCCAUUCAACCUUUACUCUGUCUAAACAUCUCCACACUAUGAAACCAACUGAAUUAAACUUUAAAGACCAAUGCUGCUAUGAUGCAACUAAAUGCUUGAGAACAAACCAACCUGGUCACAUGACAAUUUGUAAUAUUUUAUAUGAGAUGGUAGUAUCGUUCAAAUCUGGGUCAUACAAAAACAUAAACCUACUUUAGUAAUCUGGAAGGCUACAUGAUCCAAGUUAUAAGACAUUACAUGAUUUCGCCAUCUUGUGCAAAUUAUUAUGUUUUGCCAUGAAUGUGUGUUGAAAGACAUGGUUUUCGGAGAAGAUUGAUAAUGGCUUAAAUGAGUUAAAUUUCAUGUCUUUACAUGCUACCUUUAGCAUAUUCAAUAUGCUUAUUCAGGAAGCUAUAGCACUGCACAUGAUUAGGUUUCUUUUUCUAUUGGAAAUGUAUGGUCAGAGACAGAUUUAUCCUCAGUGAGGGUUGAUUCGAAAGCUUACAGUCAUGAUUCAUGCACUCAAAGAGCCAGCAAAUCUUGUAAUAUCUUUUUUUUUCUAUACACAUGUCCUUCAUUAACAGUUAUGUCCUACCUUUCUUGUAAUGUUUUGAAUAUGCACAAUAUUAUGGAGGUGCUGCUGAUUAAUGUGGACAUUAGCAUGGAGACAGAUCUAUGAGGACAUUGUUAUACAAUUUACAUGACUCUAAAGAGACACA